GCUCGUGACCACAAUAUUCGCUCCUUGCAAGAUGAAAUGGCCAAUCAGGAUGAAGCUGUUGCCCGUCUCAACAAGGAGAAGAAACAUCAAGAGGAGGUCAAUCGCAAACUUAUGGAAGAUCUUCAAGCGGAAGAAGAUCGCGUGAAUCAUAUGGAGAAAGUUAGAGCCAAACUUGAGCAGCAGCUGGAUGAUCUCGAAGAUGCUAUGGAUCGUGAGAAGCGAUCACGACAGGAUCUGGAAAAGGCCAAGCGAAAGGUUGAGGGAGAACUUAAGGUUGCCCAGGAGAACAUUGACGAAAUCACAAAGCAGAAACACGAUGUUGAACAGAACUUGAAGAAGAAAGAAACGGAACUACACCAACUGUCUACUCGCCUAGAAGAAGAACAAUCUCUUGUUGCCAAGCUCCAGCGACAAAUCAAGGAACUUCAGGCCCGUAUUGCCGAAUUAGAGGAGGAACUGGAGAACGAAAGGCAAAGCCGUGCCAAGGCUACAUGUAUGAGCUCCCAUUUUAAGGCGGACCGAUCGCGCUCAGAACUGCAGCGUGAGCUGGAAGAGAUCAGCGAGCGACUUGAAGAACAGGGAGGUGCUACAGCCGCUCAGCUGGAAGCCAAUAAGAAACGCGAAGCCGAACUCGCUAAGCUGCGCCGCGACCAAGAGGUACCAUACUUUAAUCUUCAUAGUUGAAA